AUGAGGAAGCUUCUGGAAGCUUGGUGGCUGGCCAUUGCCUUUGUCUUGCUCCUCAGCCAUCUCUCUGUGGUCACCGCGAGAGGCAUAAAGCACAGAAUCAAGUGGAACCGCAAGCCCUUGCCGAAUACCCCCCAUGUCACGGCGGCCCAAGUCAGCGAUGCCCGCCCGGGAGCCUUCAUCAGGCACGGCCGAAAGCUCGAUAUCGACUUCGGAGCGGAGGGCAACAGGUACUAUGAGGCCAACUAUUGGCAGUUCCCUGAUGGAAUCCACUUCGACGGCUGCUCUGAGGCCAACAUGACCAAGGAGAUGUUUGUCACCAGCUGCAUCAACACCACGCAGGCCGCGAACCAGGAGGAGUUCUCGCGGGAGAAACAGGACAACAAGCUUUACCAGCGCAUCCUGUGGAGACUGAUCAGGGAGCUCUGCUCGGUCAAGCACUGCGAUUUUUGGCUGGAACGGGGAGGAGGACUUCGAGUCAGCCUGGACCAGCCCGUGAUGCUCUGUCUGCUGGUUUUCAUUUGCUUUAUGGUAAAAUAA